AUGUAUCCGUUGAACAAGCUAUACGAUGCUGUUGUGGAGGUGGACGAGCGCGUCACCAUCGAAACUUUUGCCGAGGAUCCAGAGCCACAGCCAGUCGAUAUCACUCAAGAUCCUCAGCUCAGAAUGGGGCUCACCGGGGAGCCUGUACGUAUUAUCAAAUCGCCUGACCUCGACAUGGUACGAAGAGACCUACACGAGCCUUGGAACCAAGGCUAUCGAGGUAUCGCUGUUGCAAUGCUGCAUUCAUACACGUUCCCGCAACACGAGUUGGAGGUUGCACAAGAGGCAAGAAAGUUUGGUUUCCGUGUGGCAGCGUCAUUUGAGCUCCAGUCUAUGGCAAAAUUGGUGCCUUGCAGUCAAUCUGCCGUUGCUGAUGCAUACCUUACUCCAGUCACUGACGAGUACCUUACAAAGUUCCGAAAAGGGUUAAAAGGCAACCUUGAAGAUGAGCAAGCUCAGAAACUUUUCCUCAAUCAGUCAGACGGAGGAUUGACUUCAUUCACCAAAUUCGGUGGCCUUCGAGGUAUCUUGAGUGGUCCUGCUGGCGGUGUCGUUGGCAUUGCAAAAACAUGUUAUGAUCCUAUCAGCGCUACGCCAUUGUUGGGUUUCGAUAUGGGUGGUACAAGCACAGACGUUGCACGUUAUGCAGGUUCACUUGAACAUAUCUUUGAAAGCACGAUAGCCGAGGUUACCAUUCAAACACCACACCUUGACAUCAACACGGUCGCGGAGGGAGGCGGAUCUAUCCUCUCCUGGGAGAAUAGUCUCUUCAAGGUCGGACCCAGUAAUGCCAGGGCUGACCCUGGACCGGCCUGUUAUGGUAGAGGAGGGCCUUUGACAGUCACAGACGCCAGUUUUCUCCUCGGGCGCAUCAUUCCGGAGCUCGAUGCUAGACCUCUCAACUUGGACAUCGUGAAAUUCAAGUUCACAGAACUUACAGAUGCCAUUAACAAAGACAAAGACGGGGAUGUUCCUCUUUCUAUCGAGGACGUAGCCCUGGGAUUUCUUUGCAUUGCCAACGCAAGCAUGGCUCGUCCAAUCCGGAUGUUGAGCGAGGGCCGAGGAUUUGAAACCUCCGCACAUGAUUUGGCUUGCUUUGGCGGUGCUGGAGGUCAACAUGCUGUCGAGGUCGCGCAAGCGCUUGGCAUUCAUCGGGUACUGAUACCUAGAUACUCGAGUAUCUUAUCUGCUUAUGGAAUGGCCCUUGCCGAUGUUGUUGUGGAGAACCAAGAACCUGACUCAAGCACUUUCGAUCCCCUGGCUAUAAAACAUCUGGAAGAUCGACUUAACAGAUUGCAGAAUCAGGGCCUCGAAGGGCUUAUCAGCCAAGGCUUCAGCCCAGAACAAGUAGAACAUGAGAUGUUCUUGAACAUGAGGUAUCAAGGCAGCGACACUGCGUUAAUGGUAGAGUCCCGCGUGACAUAUCUGGGUUCGGCAAGGCAUUUAUCGACCGCCACCAACAAGAGUUUGGCUUCACACAACAGAGAGACAUAUUGGUGGAUGAUGUAA